GCGUUAUGGUCAAUUGGGUUUGGUUGCAAAGUAGAGCAGUACUUCCAUCAGUUACGCCUCUUAUUGUCAUUUCCAAAAUCCUGUCAAGCUGAAGCUCCUUUUCCGCAAGAAAAUACUUAAAGAUGGUAGACGACAUCUAUCACCCGAUUGUGAAGCCCGGGAAGCUCCAGCAUCUGCUGUUUUCGAACGCGAAUAACAGGUAAGUACUGAAAAUGAAAAAAUAUUGAAUGAGUCGUCCCCGCGUUCGCUCGUGUAUUGUAUCGAUGCAUGACGUGUUUGUUGAGUAGGCGUAACAAAAUCAAAACCAAAAGCAAAGUGAUCAAAUAAAAACUGUAUCCAUAAUAAGUUCUCUUCCUGCUCUCUUCCAAACCUCAGGUGGUCGCGCAACCUCGCCCAGAAGCUUUGGUUUCUGACCUUUCUAUUCGCCAGCGCGGCCGCGUUUUGCAAUGUGGUGUACCUGUGGCGGUACGGGAUUUUUUCCGGCACGAUUACGGGCAACCUGGUCAAGCUGGGCGUCAGCAUCAGUGACGACUUUCGCCCGGGCAACUGGCACGAGAUCAUGGAGGACCGAGAUUUGGAAAUGGCGAACCGCAUUUCCUUAUCAAAUGCAAAUAUGUAGUCUGCGUCUGGAAGAUUGCGGGAUUUGUCAUGCUAGUUUGGUAUGACUCUGCAGUCUGUAUUGCGGGGCCAGGAAGAGCUCCUCUUGUCUGUCAUGCAAAAACGCAGUUUCUCAUGCGGAGUACGCAACUCAGAACCACGGCAAAACUCGUCAUGCUGGGCAGCGCAUUACAAUGUUUUCACUAUUCCCUUCCUUGCAUCAGAAGUUUCCAGACCCAGACAUUAUAUUUGCAAUGCAUAUUCCUCGGACGCGCGGCACAUUCCCGCCCGCAAUUCCCUCGCCGCCGUGCUGAGUUGUGUGGCGGGCGCGGCGGUCAGCGAAUACGUCACCACGUACCGGUUCUACGCCGGGAUGCUGUUCGCGAUUCUUUCUGUUCUGCUGGAAUCCCUGUCUACCUCCCACUAUUUCUCCUCGUUUCUGGACGACUCGUCAAUUUUCCCCUGGGGGGUUGUGUUCACCGGAAUCACGAACGGCAUCCAAAAUCACUUCACGGGGCGGGGUAUCAAAUGUAAAGAUGUCUGGGUCUGGAAGAUUCUGAGAUUUGUCAUGCAUGUUUUGCAUGACCCAGGACGUCUGUAAUGCACGACCGCGCAUCACAGAUUUUGAGAGGGCUUCCUGAUGCCUACUCCGCAUGACAAACGCCCUCCCCGCGUAGCACAAACUAGACUCCUCUUGCUGGUCAUGCAAUACAGAUUUUUCUAGAGUCCAAAGUUAGCAUCACAAGUUCCAAUCUUCCAGACCCAGACAUUUUUACAGUUGAUACGGGGCUGCAUGUGCAUCAACACGGUGGCGCUGACCGGGAUCGGCUAUCGAAAAGAAAAAUCCCCCCUCCCCAUAUCAAAGCGGAAAUCUGUGAUGCUGGAUUUGCGUACACAAAUCAGAUUUGUCUUGCUGAAGGUGACGGCAGGCCUACAUCAAGCCUGAUUAGAGAGGUUUUGGCCUAGGCGCUUGGCAUGAGAAACGUCUGCGCUGUAGGCCAAACUGCAUCACAAACCGCCUCCAUAAUGCGGCGGAGCCUGCGGAGUUGCCUUCUUGCAAGACAGACACGAUUUGUGACCACAAAUCAGCAUCGCAAAUUUUAUGUGACGCACCUUUUCGGUAUGGGGAGGGGGGAUCUUUCCUUUCAAUAUCGACCAAAGCCUGCCCGGGAUCUUCAUGCGGGAGGUGCUGCGGAUUCAGCCGCAGGAAUUUCUAGAUUUGGAGAGAGCCGAGGAAAACGACCUGCGGCAGUCGAAGAAAAGCGGGUCUCUGUCGUUCGCCCAGAUCGGGGAGAAGCUGCUGCACACCCAGUCUGCCUUGCGCCUCAACGACUUCGAGAAGAAGGAACUGGCGCAUCUGUACAAACCGGGCUAUUUCCGCGAGGGGCACGUGGUUUUCGUGCAGUUUCUGAUGGUGCCUUUUGGGGUUCUGUUCGGCAUUUUUCUCGCCGGAUUUCUCUUCAACGUGCCGGCGUUCGCGUUUUCCUGGUGGCCCACGGGAAUCCACCUCACAGCGCUCUGCGCGGCUUAUAUCUUGCACGACCACGUGUUGCUGCAGCAGUCCCAGGGCGCAAUCGUGACGCAGCAGUCGAUCGAGGCAGAGGUGCGGAUUUCGAAAAACCGAGCGUCCUUCUUCGGUAAUCGACAAACUGGCCCGAACUUCUACCAGGGAACUACCGUGGUGGUCCCGGUGGAUGCGAAUGACGAAGAAGAGGAACAGGCAGACGUAGCGUUAUUAAAUGAGCCGGCGAGUAGCAGCACUGCAGCUCAGAAGAACACCAGCAUCAACUUCAAUACUAGAUCGGAUCCGCGUGCAUCUGUCGGUUUCCCGGGCAGUUUGACGGAGUCCGCGGGGGCUGCCUUCGGGAAGUCCUCCUCAAGCGAAAGUGAAAAGCAGAACAGCGGCCGUGGUCGUGCGGCGCGGGAAGCAGCACAAGCUGAUGAAAUAGUCGAUGUCGAGGACGACAGUACUUCUCCGGGUGCGAGCGGUGAAGCUGGUUUGACUGGAGCGGCCGCAACUACUUCUACAGGAGCUGCAGCAGAGCAGAUGCGAGCGGAAGAUAGGGAAGAUCAUACUAGCAGUACCACGGGAAAUAACGUCGAAGUAAACGGCACAAAUGCAACAACAUCUACGCCCGGAGUAGAUUCUUCUUCGCUCCAACAAAUGAACUACUAUCCUGAGCCGCGAGAAGACGCUGCUAUCGAUUUUCCGGAGGCGGAGCAGGAGACAUCAGCGCUGCUCCACUCAUGGAUGCGGGUAGAUACUAAGCGAAAACUGAGCUAAGUGAUAGUAGUGCAGUGAAGUGGUGGAGGCCUCACGUACGCCACUACCUACGAGAUUGACAUAUUCCGAAAUUAAAAAUCUUUUCUCUUUGUGUACAAAUUGCGCUUCUGCUACGAAAAUCAAUUUCUUUAUUGGCAUGCGCAUACCUCUACCUGUAGAAUGCUUGGAAGGCGCACUUUCGCUUUUGUAUUCAAUUUCAAAAUUAAUCAUUACACGACCCGCGAACAAAUUAAUUGAAAAAAGCUUUCAAAUGAUGUAAACUCAAAUUGUAAACCUAGUUUGACGUCCACGUCCUAAUUGCAAAGGAAAGCUUCACAACUUCUACUUCCAUUGAUUGCACAAGUUUGAUGGUGUGAUCAUUGGUUUCUGCCUGUGAUUGUCAACAACGUGCAAGAUGAAGAUCAAGCUUACAGUUACAGUAGUGGAUGCCAAUGCAGUUCAGCUCGAGCAGCAGGUCCAGUGUAUUAAGAGACCACAGGCGCCGCGUAACUAAUGGUAUUCUUGCGGCAGUUCUACUCAACUGAAGGUUCGUGAGGCGCAAAGUUUGAGUGUUUUUUGGGAAUUCCAACGACGUUCUUGCACCAAGCAGUUCACAACAUAUAGAUCAAACGGUGGACGCAAAGAGGAUUGAUACAGCUCGAUCAUGGAACCUUUGCCCAUGAUGAUCUUCGAUGGAUGAAAAAAUAAUUUUCGUCGCCUAGUACCAACCAGUUUUAACCUGCCGGAGAAUAAUUCGAUUCAAGAUGGCGGCUUCUUCCAUCUUCCAGUGGUCUUCCCUGCUUCCGUUUGUUUUUUUCGCAGUGUGCUACGUACUCGGGCUCAGUAACCUCUUGUGUGCCUUUGCGGGGCUGUUGGUGCUGCUUACCGUACUGUACUUCUUACUGCUUUUGCUCGAUCCGGAAAUAGAAAACGAGAAUCACAAGUGCAUACCCGCUGCAAACUGGCACAGAAGUAGUUCUGCUGUCGACGCCGUAAAGAACACGCAGAGUAGAACGUACUGACAGAUGGAAACGUUGACAGAGCAUAAUGCCGCUGGUGGCACAGUCG